CUCCUUACAUCCUCACAUAAGACCCCUCGCCGGUUCUCUUUUGAUUGCACAAAACCAAAUCUUCUUUGCUUUGCUAUUUUGGUUCGUUUUGCUAAGAACUGGCUAACGCACAGCAAAAAACCGUGGAGGAAACCAACAAGAACCAAGCGGUGGUUCUUGCCCUCUAUGAAGCCUUAAACACACGAGACGUCAACACCGUUCACCAAAUCCUUGCUCCCGACCUAGAGUGGUGGUUCCACGGUCCACCCACUCACCAGUUUUUGAUGCGCUUACUCACCGGCGCUUCAUCCGACGAUCCUUUCCGUUUCGAGGUCGACCCUGUCUCAGUCACCACCUUUGGAUCCACCGUCAUCGUUGAAGGCUGUGAUAACAGCCGUUCGAUCUCCUGGGUUCACGCUUGGACUGUUCGUGAUGGGAUAAUCACCCAAGUGAGGGAGUAUUUCAACACUUCUCUCACCGUUACUCGCCUUAGAGACUCUCCACCGUCAGCUUGCAGUUCUUCGACGGCAGAGAUUGCGCCAGUGUAUUGCCCUUACGUUUGGGAGAGUAGUCUUUCCAACCGGGUGGGGAAAUCGGUUCCGGGUCUUGUUCUUGCAAUUUAGUUUCCUCCUCCCACGUGUGGCUAAGAUAACAGAUGUUAGUUCCAUGAGUUGAGUUUGGUCUGGUGUUAAAAAUUAUUGUGUCUGGACUGUGAAUUUGGUAACUUAUUAGUAUUGUUGUGUUUCAAGUGUUGUCUUCCAAUGCAAUUGGAUUUAGUGAAGUGUGUGGGGUCCGGUAUGAGAAGAGUUCCUCCUCCUCCUCAUUUUCAGUGUUUCCAUUGUGUAAUAAAAAUCUGCUAUCUUCUUCA